AUGGCGGCUGCAGCGACAAGGCGGGGGUCCGUCAAACGAGGCUCCGACAAGGAAUGGGGCGGCAGCGAAUCGGUCAAUCAUCGUGCUGCAGCACGGGAGGGGCCUGGCAUCGACUGCGGGGUCAGAAAUUCGCCCAAGGGGGGCGGUUGCUUGGUGCAUGAUUUAUCGGGAGUGGGCAAGCACACAAAGGCCGCGCGCGCACGUGAACGAGGCGUGUUUGAAAGAAGAAGAAAGAGAGACAUGGAGCGUCACGUUGCCAAGCUCGUCGGAAAGAGGAAAGGCCAGGCGAGAAGGGGACCAAAGAUAUCCAAGGCUCUCUCAUCACUCGAGGUAGCCAAGCUACGCACGCAGCACCCUGUCCUUGCCCAUACCACGCCUACCGCGUCGUAG